UCAAGGGAAGCGAACUUUGUCAUCACUAUCCAAGCCAGCUUCUCAUCAGUGACAAGCCAUUUGGUUUAAUUGCCAAGGAAAUCUACCCGUGUAAUAGUGUACACCCUCGCAUGUUUUCGAUACUUCAUAAGACUGUCGUAUUUCUUUAUUAGCUAAAAGGAUUUAUGUUUCAUUCCUCUGGAACCCAAAAGAAAAGCCAAGGAAAUCUACUACAAUGGGAAUCUACGUCAAUGGUAAUGGGGAAUUCCGCCUUCCAUAGACGGCAAAAACCAUGUCAACUCGUCCCCCAUGAAAACGACAAACGCUGCGGUUUUGGAAUUCCGGCAUCAUCAUGCCCAUAUCCUCGUCGCCUCGUCGCCCUCUCCACCGACUUCCCCUUUGAGUCUCUCUCUCUGUUCACUUCCAUAGCCACAGCCAGCAAAUCCAUUUUCUAGAGAGAGAAACUGAAGACUGAGAGAGAGAGAGAGAGAGAGAGAGAGAGAGUAGAGCUUCGAUGUCGACGAAGCGUAUGGCUUUCGGCAGUCUCUGCCUCUUCGUUCUCCUUCUGUCACCGGUAGCAGCAGCCGGCGGCGGUGGCCGGCCUUUGGUUUACGAGGCCCUGCAGGGCUUCAACUUCCCGGAGGGCCUCCUCCCAAAGGGAGCCACGGGGUACGAGCUCGACGAGGACACGGGACGGUUCCGAGCCUACCUCAAUGGGUCCUGCAGCUUCUCCCUUGAGGGCUCGUACCAGUUGAAGUACAAGUCCACGAUCAACGGGUACAUAUCGCAGAACAAGCUCACAAAGCUGAGCGGGAUUCGUGUGAAGGUGCUGUUCGUGUGGCUGAACAUAGUGGAGGUAGUUAGGAGAGGGGAUGAGCUCGAGUUCUCAGUGGGCAUCGCAUCGGCUUCUUUCUCAAUUGAUAACUUCUACGAGUGCCCGCAGUGCGGGUGUGGAUUUGAUUGCUUGAGUGGCCAAACGAGCAAGCUCAGGACAAACCUUUUUGCUUCUUCAUGAUAGAUUACAUCAAGAGGUCAGUACUUGUUGUCCAAAUAACAGCCGUCUCUUGGUCGAGUACGGUAUCUCGGGCAACAGGAAUGUUGUUCUUCUCAUUACUUGCCCUGUAAUAUAAGAGAGCUCGUAAAGGAGCAGAUUGUACAAGAAAAAAUAACAGCAUGAUGCUUCACUUGCCAUGGUACGAGGUUACGAACAAUUGAAGUGAUUUGGGGGCGAUGCAGAUAGCGGAUUGUUUUAACAUGGGCGUCUGACAUCAUUUUCUUUUA